AUGAAAUACACUAAACUGUCGCAAACAGAAGAUUUAAUGCCAACACUUGGUCUAGGAACUUGGCAGGCUUCAUCAGAUGUUAUUGAAUCUAUAGUUUAUAAAGCAUUGAAUUUGGGUUACCGGCACAUUGACACUGCAUUUAAUUAUAAUAAUGAAGAAGCCAUAGGAAUAGCAAUAAAGAAAUGGAUAGAUGAUGGCAAAGGUUCCAGGCAAGACUUAUUUAUUACUACUAAGUUACCCCACGUCGGCAAUAGAGCGUCUGACGUAAAAAAGUUUCUGGAACUACAGCUCAGUCGACUACAACUGGACUAUCUGGAUUUAUAUCUGAUUCACGUACCUUUCGCCUUCCACUGCGACCCUAAGACCCUCACGCCUAUCGUUAAGCAUACUGGAGAGUAUGAGCUGGACGUCGAAACUGACCACAUUAGUAUUUGGAAGGUAAUGGAAGAAUGCCAAAAGGAGGGCCUAAUCCGAAACCUAGGUCUAUCUAAUUUCAGUGAAAAUCAAAUAGCGAAAAUAAUUAAGACAGCUUCGUUUAAACCGCAAGUAUUGCAGGUUGAGUUACACGCUUAUUUCCAACAAAUACCACUCAGAAAGUUUUGUGAGGAGAAUGACAUAAUUGUAACUGCGUAUGCGCCGCUCGGUAGUCCGGGCGCUAAGGACCAUUUUGUCAAUAAGUAUAACUAUAGCCCAGAUAAGUUUCCCGAUUUGUUGGGCCUACCUGAUAUAAAGGAGAUUGCUGAUAAAUAUAGCAAGACGCCCGCCCAAGUUCUACUGCGAUUUCUUGUUCAGGAAAAAGUGGUCGUUAUUCCUAAAAGUACCAGUGAGAAUAGAAUCCAUGAAAAUUCUAACAUAUAUGACUUUGAGCUGACUCCAGCCGAAGUUAAUCGUUUGAGGAAGUUGGACCGCGGAGAAGAAGGUCGGAUCUUCAAUUUCUUGUUUUGGAAGGGGGUAGAUAAACACCCAGAGUAUCCAUUUGAUCUACAGAAAAUAAACGCUUAA